CUGCGCUACGUGAUACAGCCUGUGGGGGCGCUCUGGCAAAGAGUCCGUCUGAGCACGCGGCUGAGCAGACAGUAAAGGAAGAGGCUGCCAUAUUGCAGUGAUACAGCGACUUUACCUGAUAGAAACCCGAACGCCGUCUUCUUUCUGUCACAAGGAUGCUCUCAGCUCAGACUUUUGGAGACUCUGGGAAGAUGAAAGAAUAUCAUUAUACUGGUCCAGUAGAACAACGGUUCUCACCGUACGCUUUCAACGGAGGAACUGUACUAGGUGUAGCCGGGGAAGACUUCGUCGUCGUAGCCUCAGACACCAGGCUGAGUGAAGGCUACUCAAUCCACAGCCGGGACUCACCAAAAUGCUACAAGCUGACAAACACAACUGUUAUAGGAUGUAGCGGUUUCCAUGGCGACUGCCUGACUCUGACUAAAAUCAUUGAUGCCAGACUAAAGAUGUACAAACACUCAAACAAUAAGACAAUGACCAGUGGCGCCAUCGCAGCCAUGUUGUCUACCAUCCUGUACAGCAGGAGGUUCUUCCCCUACUAUGUCUACAACAUCAUUGGAGGACUGGAUGAGGAGGGCAGGGGAGCAGUGUACAGUUUUGACCCAGUGGGCUCUUACCAGAGAGACACCUACAAGUCCGCAGGAUCAGCAAGUGCCAUGCUACAGCCACUACUUGACAACCAGAUUGGUUUUAAGAACAUGGAGGGUGUGCAGCAUGUCCCUCUGACUCAGGAAAAGGUGGUUCAGCUGGUCAAAGAUGUCUUCAUCUCGGCCGCAGAGAGAGAUGUCUACACUGGAGAUGCCGUUCGGAUCUGCAUCAUCACGAAGGAGGGCAUUAAUGAGGAGACUAUAGCUUUGAGGAAAGACUGAGGAGUAAAUAUCUUUCCAUCUCCCUCUGCUUUUUUUUUUUUUUGGUCUGUUCUUUCCAUAUUCACCCUGUUCGUUGGGCCCUUUUACAUCAAGUUUCUUAAAACAGGAAUUUGAUCCAGAGGUUGCUUCAAGGGGUCUCUUGAGGCUGUUACUGGGGGGCUGAUUUUCCUUUUUUUUUAACAUCAGUUCACUGUAUACAUUAAUUUCAAAUGUAUGCUGUUCUCCUGCUUUCAAAAAUUCUUCUCUUCAUAUUUUCGGUAUUACCACAUCCUUGUUCUUGUGGAUAGGCAACCUGAUUGUAGAUCAGCACUCCUUUUCUGAGAAGCAAUUUCUUCGGUCACCCUUGCCUAGACUCUGCCUCUGAAUGGAUUUUUCAUUAUGUUUUGGAAGGAUACAUACUCUGCUAUGCUUUUUACAUUCUUAAUAAAUGUAAAGAACUGAAAA